AUGUCUUCCAGACUACUAACCUCUCCCAUGGAUGUCAGAAGGUCAAAAAGCCACCGCACCUCCCACUCUGCCAACUAUCCCGCCACACAAUCCACCGAAACUUCCUCACUCCACGAAAAACCUCUUCCAGCCCCACCCAAGACAUCAACUGGAGUCCUUCGUCGCCUGAUUCCACGCCGACAAGAUUCUAUUGCGCUUCCGAGAGUGGUGGAGGGAUUGACUCGGGGGAUUGAGAAGGUGAGGAGACAUAGUUUGAGGGCGGGUGUAGGAUUAGGUCUUAAAAGUCCCAGUACACCACCACCACCACCAACAACAACAACAACAACAGACUCAGAGAUCACACCCAGACCCAGAUCAACAUCAACAUACAAAUCCAGACCCACCACUUUUCCGACCACCUCUCCCCGCUUUUCCUCUCAACUCAAACCUCACCAAACUCCUGAGAAGCACGGCGAGGAAGAUGUCGAUCCAUAUGGUAACGAAGAGCCAGAACUCUGUAUUGCAGUAGAAAUGACGAUCACUCCUGUUCGCGUCCGGAUUGUUUAUAUUGGAUGUAGGGGAUUGGAUUCUUGA